CCACCGCGCUCCGCUUCCCUCCGCUCGCCGCCUGCCCCCAUCCCGUCUUCCUCCCGCACCCACCCUCCGUCACCCCGCGCCUUCCACCCCCUCCCCAUCCCUCCGCCCGCCGCCUGCCCCCCAUCCCCUCCAUCUCCCCCCCCUCCGCACCCUGCGCCUCGGGGGGAGCAGGCAGCCGCGCGCCGGUGGGGAGGGGGGGGCAGGGAGCCUGCGUGCGGCGGUGGAGGAGGGGGGGGCAAUUGAAGGCCAGGGGGGGCAAUUAAUUCCCCGGCCCCCCGGAAUAUCUGAUGUGCUGCAGAUCCGCCCCGAGCAGCGGCUCCCUCCUCCCCAGCCAUGGAUUGUCUCUGCAUAGUCACCACCAAGAAAUAUCGCUACCAAGAUGAGGACAGCCCGCCCCUGGAGCAGAGCCCGGCGCAUCUCCCCAACCAGGUAAAGGCCCCCGAGCUGGUGCACGUCUCGGAGAAGAACCUGUCCCAGAUCGAGAACGUCCACGGCUACGUGUCCCACUCCCACGUCUCCCCCAUGAAGGCGAAUUCUCCGCCCGUCAUCGUCAACACGGACACGCUGGAGGCGCCGGCAUAUGUGAACGGGACGGAGGGGGAGAUGGAGUACGAAGAAAUCACGUUAGAACGGGGUAACUCCGGGCUGGGGUUCAGCAUUGCUGGGGGGACGGACAACCCCCACAUUGGGGACGACCCCAGCAUCUUCAUCACGAAAAUCAUCCCUGGGGGUGCGGCAGCUCAGGACGGCCGCCUCAGGGUGAACGACAGCAUCCUGUUUGUGAACGACGUGGACGUGCGAGAGGUGACGCACAGCACGGCGGUGGAGGCGCUGAAGGAAGCCGGCUCCAUCGUGCGUCUCUACGUCAUGCGGCGUAAGGCCCUGGCCGAGAAGGUCAUGGAGGUGAAGCUCAUCAAGGGGCCCAAAGGUCUGGGGUUCAGCAUCGCAGGUGGUGUCGGGAACCAGCACAUCCCGGGGGACAACAGCAUCUACGUCACCAAGAUCAUCGAGGGGGGGGCCGCCCACAAGGACGGGCGCCUCCAGAUCGGGGACAAGAUCCUGGCGGUGAACAACGUCAGCCUGGAGGAUGUGAUGCAUGAGGAUGCCGUGGCCGCGCUGAAGAACACGUACGACGUCGUCUACCUGAAGGUGGCCAAACCCACCAACAUGUACCUCAACGACUCCUACGCCCCGCCCGACAUCACCACCUCGUAUUCCCAGCACCUGGACAAUGAAAUCAGCCACCAGAGUUACCUGGGGACCGACUACCCCCAAGCCAUGACCCCCACCUCCCCCCGGCGCUACUCCCCCAUCCCCAAGGAGAUGAUGGGGGAAGAGGACAUACCCAGGGAACCCCGCCGGAUCAUCAUCCACCGCGGCUCGACAGGCCUGGGAUUCAACAUUGUCGGGGGUGAGGACGGCGAAGGAAUCUUCAUCUCCUUCAUCCUGGCUGGGGGGCCGGCUGACCUGAGUGGGGAGCUGCGGAAAGGGGACCAGAUCCUCUCGGUGAACGGGGUGGAUCUCCGGAGCGCAACACACGAGCAGGCUGCCAUCGCUCUGAAAAAUGCUGGGCAGACGGUGACCAUCAUCGCACAGUAUAAACCUGAUGGUGAGUCUCAGCGGGGGCGGGGCUGGGUGGAAGUGGGGGGGCUGGGAGCCCGGACUCCUGGGUUCUCUGACCCCUGGCCCUGCCCCCGCAGGGCGCUGUUCGACUACGACAAGACGAAGGACUGCGGGUUCCUGAGCCAGGCGCUGAGUUUCCGCUUUGGGGACGUGCUGCACGUGGUGGACGCCUCGGACGACGAGUGGUGGCAGGCGCGGCGGGUCCACCCCGACGGGGAGGGGGACGAGAUCGGCUUCGUGCCCAGCAAGAGACGGGUGGAGCGCCGGGAGUGGACGCGGUUAAAGGCCAAGGUGAGAGACUGCCCCCCCGACACACCCACCCACCCCGGGGGCAGGGGAGGCUGGGUGUGCAAAGCUACCAUCAGUCCCAGGAGUGAGUGUGCAAGGCUGGGGGCAGAGCUCUAUCGUUGGGCCUCUCCUGGCCACACCCAGACCCCCAGGGGCGCUUCCCCGCCUCCCGGUCCUCUCUGUGCCUUCCCACGAGUGUGGCACCGUGCAAGCGUGCGCACAACUGCCUUUGCACGCCCCCGUGCCGACGCCGGCCAGCGCCACCAUUCACAGUAUGUUGCGCCCCAAUUCGAGGCCAUUAACCCCUUCCUCACCUGCCCAACAUGGCGGGGGCCAAUCAGGGAGUCAAUCCACAAAGGGGCGGGACUGCUUCCGCCAGGGGGUGCUAUGGGGAGCGGCUCCCACCUCAGACACCAGAGCUGGACCAGACGGGGGAGCCCAGACACCACGCGGCCGAAGCGGGAGUACGAGGUGGACGGGCGGGACUAUCACUUCGUGGCGUCGCGGGAGAAGAUGGAGAAGGACAUCCAGGGCCACAAGUUCAUCGAGGCCGGGCAAUACAACAGUCACCUGUACGGGACCAGCGUCCAGUCCGUGCGCGAGGUGGCCGAGCAGGGCAAACACUGCAUCCUGGACGUCUCGGCCAACGCCGUGCGGCGGCUCCAGGCCGCCCAACUCCACCCGAUCGCCAUCUUCAUCCGGCCCCGGUCCCUGGAGAAUGUCCUGGAGAUCAGCAAGCGGAUAACGGAGGAGCAGGCGCGAAAAGCCUUCGACCGAGCCAUCAAACUGGAACAAGAAUUCACAGAGUGCUUCUCGGCCAUCGUCGAAGGCGAGAGUUUCGAGGAGAUCUACCACAAAAUCAAACGGAUUAUCGAGGAACUUUCGGGGCCGUACAUCUGGAUCCCGGCCCGGGAGAGACUUUAGGGACCUCCCCGUUCGGUGGGAACUGCGGCCCGACCCAGAACUGAGCCGUUCGCUUUCUUUUCGGGGAGGAGGUUUCGGGGGCGGGGGGGGGAAGGGAUCCGGUCUAUUUCUUUCUUCUUCUCCUUUCUGGGUUUUUUUUUUCUCGCAAUCCUUCGCCUGGCUCCUUCCCCUCCCCCCUCCAGCCAAGAUCCGCUCCCGUCUCUUUGCACCCAGGAAAAGCGCUCUGUGCAUGCUUGUAUUUUUUCGAGAGGUGUUGGCUUGUGACGUCUGCGCUUCUGGCAUUUUGCUUUCGAUCCCCCCCCGUCCGCCCCCCAUCCCCAUCAGAUCCGGACCCUGGGAUCCAAUCGAGGAGAUGCGUGAAGGACCGGAAAGGGGGCGGAGGAGAAGAAAGGAACGAAACGCACCGAGAAAAAAUGAAGAGAAGGGUGGAGCAAAAGCGCGUCUCUGGAGGAUCGGAAAACCGGAUUUCUUGGGCAAAAACUAUUCCGCCCGCCGAGAUGAAAGGACACCCGGUUUCUUUUCGGAGUGGAAUCGACCCCAGAUUUGGCGCGUUCUUUGGAGGGGAAAACGAGCGGCGUGGAAGAAUAAAGCAGGGAAAACGGAUUAAAAAACAACCAACUGCUUUGAGGCUCUUUAUUUAUUUUUUGCUUUCCCGGCCGGGGACAGAGGAGAAAAUAACCCACGAUCCUCCUUUAUCUUUCUACCCACCCGAAGGGAAACUUUCUUUUUAAACCAACGCGGGAAGGCGCGUCGGCGAGAGACACCCGAUGGCCCUGUCUCCAAAAGGCAGGCGCUUCGCCCCUCUCCCCCCGCCCGUGAUGUUUCCAGACGGAUCGGACCCAUUCUUUUCCUUUCCUUUUUCUUUCUCAGUACGGUUCAUCUCCUUCCCUUUUCGGCGCAUGGUGGCUUUAAAAAAACCAAACAAACGAAAAAGCAACAGGAAAACGUGACAAAAAAAAUGAGCAUUUUGCUGUUCGGCAAUUUCUAUUUUUCGUUCCGGGCGGAGAAAAGACUCGUGGGGGGGGGGGUCCGAAACACAUUUUCGACGUUCUGUGAAUAUUUCUUUUUUUCUUGGGGUCAUAGCGAGUAUUUCGGUCUGGCUGUGCGUGAUUGUAUGAAACUGGGGAUGGGUGGGCGGGGAGAUGUCAGACGGUCCUUCCUUUUCUCGUUACAGGCAUUUUCGUUGGGACAUGUUCUUAAUUAUGACGAUGCUGCUUUCUUUCUUUCUUUUUUUUUUUGUAUAUAAACUCCAGCUGGCCACAGAGACCCUUGCUAGAAAAAAGACCUACCGGUGAAUUUGGGGUGAAUUUGGGUAUGGGGUUGCCCCCCUCCCUCCUGCCCCGGGGCAAGGGGGAAAGGCGGGGGGGAGAAAAGAAAGGGGUAAGGGAUGAUCAGUAGGUACCGAGAAACAGGACCAGCUGAGUAUCAUGGUGAGAGCGGGGUGGGGCUGGGAGCCAGGACUCCUGGGUUCUCUCCCCGGCUCUGGGAGGGCAGUGGGGGCUGGUGGUUAGAGCAGAGGGGCCUGGGAGCCAGGACGCCUGGGUUCUCUCCCUGGCUCUGGGAGGAGAGUUGCGUCUCGUGGUAAGAGUAGAGGAAGAUGGGAGUCAGGACUCCUGGGUUCUCUCCCCGCCUCUGGGAGGGGAGCAGGGUCUGGUGGGUUAGAGCGGGGGGGGGGGCUGGGAGCCAGGACUAAUGGGUUCUCUCCCGCAAAUGCACUUUCUUGGCCUCUGCAGUCACCAUAACCCAUCCCCAGGGCGGCGCUGUUUGCAGUUAAUACCCCCAGGACAGCCGGACAGCCGGACGCCCCUCCACCCCUCCCCAAGUCAGGAGACAACUGACCAGCCAGCCUCCCGUCACCCUGGGCCCCGUCUCUCCUGUACUUCACGCGGGUGAAGCAGGAAGCAUUUGGGGGCGGGCAGGAAUUCCCCCCUGGGGGCGCAUUGACCUCUGGGGCUGUUUCAGGUAUAGCGACUGGGGGGGUCUCUUUCCUACAGGGGUCUGGGAAUGGGGGA